AUGCAGAUCUGUCAAUAUUGCUUAUUUCUCUUAGCGUUUGUCGUUGUUAUCAUUCAUUCAAGAUUCAUCGAACGAUCAUUAGACAAUGAUCAAGAUGAUGAGUUUUAUUAUCCAAGUAACUAUUAUCUGAAUCGUGCUUAUCGAUCACAUGCCCUCGAACGGUAUUUACGCAGUAUGCUUGCGGAUGAUGAUGAUGCUAUACCAUUCGAACGGCGAGGCAAGUCGAUCACCAAAGGUGAUCCAAGAGAAUUUAUGGGUUAA